AUGUUGAACAAGAGAAAAGUUGACAUAGCGUGCAUACAAGUGACGAAAUGGAAAGGUCAGAAGACUUUAAUGAUUGGAGAUGGGUAUAAAUUGUACUAUAAUGGAAUUGUUAGCAAUAGGAACGGUGUCGGCAUCAUCCUCAGUCAAGAUCUAACCUGCUCAGUAGUAGACAACAGGAUCUCUGAUAGACUAAUGAAGAUAAAACUCUGCAUUGGUCAAUCAAUACUACACAUCCUUUCAGUAUAUGCUCCUCAAACGGAUUGCAAGGAAGAAUUGAAAGAUGACUUUAGAGCUAUCCUUGAUGAAGCUGUAAUGGAAAUCCCUAAGGAUGACCUAGUCAUAAUAGGAGGUGACUUAAAUGAGCAUGUGGGAAAAGCAAGAGACAGCUACAAAAGGCAUCAUGGUGGUUUUGGAUAUGGAGAAAGAAAUGAUGAAGGAGAGCAUGUACUGAAAUUUGUGCAAGCCUUUGAUCUUGCCUUAACCAACACCCACUAUAGGAAAAAGGACAGUCAUUUAAUAACAUAUGAAAGUGGUGCAAGGAAAACCCAGAUAGAUUACAUGCUUAUCUCUCGCAGAUAA